AGUCUGCUGUACGCUCCCGACUGGUGUUGAAAUCGAGUGAGCUAUGCAGGCGAAAUUUAAUCGUGCGUCAAACAUAAUAACUUGGAACAGCUGGCCUUUGAAAUUUUUGGGCUUGUGGCCGUCCAAAGUGAAUGACUUUUUAUAUAUAUUCUUCACUGUCUAUAUGUUAAUUUAUUAUACUAUGGCAGUGCGUCACUUAAUCAAACAGUUUGGACACCUGGGAAACAUUGUUGACAAUUUAACAGAUAACAUCUUGUUAUCAAUGAUACUGGGAAAAAUGAUUAUAUUGAGACGGAGCUGCGGAAUAAUGGCCAAAUUUGUGAAAGCUAUUAAAGAUGAUUUUUCGAUAAAUACUUAUAGCAGUGUACAAGAAACAAUGGCAUAUUUGCGUUAUAACGAAAUCGCGUUAGUAUUUACAAAGGUUUCGAUGGGGACGACAAUAAUUACAGCUAUAUCCUAUUAUCUAAGAAUGUUUAUUGCAAAUUGGAGGCAAUUUAUGUCCGGUAAUUACUCGUAUGAAUUACCAUAUCCGGCUUACUUCUUCGAGAUCAAGGAUACAACCAGCUAUACUUGCGUUUGUAUUUACCUGACGCUUAUGGUGCCCAUUAUUAUAUGCGGUUACGCUGGUGCGGACGCCUAUCUACUUAGCAUGAUUCUUCACGUUUGCGGCCAAUUUGCCGCUUUAACGUGCAAAGUCAACAAUUUGUUGAAAAAUCACAAGAAUUAUCGUCGCAAUUUCACCAACAUCGUAUUAAGGCAUCAACAUUUAAUAACAUUAGCAGAAAUUUUGGAGAAUAAUUUCAACUACAUAUUCCUUCAACAAAUUGUGGGCACAGUAUUUAUACUUUGUUUGACUUCGUUAAACAUGCUGGCGAACUCGGAAUUCGGCGAUAACACUAACUUUAUAGUUUUUCUGUUGUAUACAAGCUGCGUGUUUAUGACAAUUUUUGGAUAUUGUUAUAUAGGAGAUUGUCUAAUCACUGAGAGUUCCGGACUACAGGAUGCAUUUUAUAAUAUUAAAUGGUAUAAAAAUCCACCACAACAUACAAGAUUAAUCAGUAUUUGUAUGACUCGAGCUGAGAAACCGUUGACGUUGACUGCUGGGAAAUUCUGCAUAUUAUCAUUAAGUACAUUUACAAACGUAAGUUUCAUUAGUGGAUUUUACUUCUUGUGCAUGUUUCUUUUUAUUAUCCUGUUAUUAUUCUAGAUAUUUUCUUGCAGAUAGUAAAAACGUCAAUGGCAUAUAUGUCCCUACUACGGAAAAUAUUGUAACAUUUUGUACCAUUUCCAUAUAAAAUAUUCUACCGAUAUCUAUUUAUAAAAAGUAAAAAUUAAAUAAACAAAAAAAUAUUUAACUAUUAUUUAGUAUAUAAAUCACACCUUUUAUAGAGAUAUGGUAACUAAAAACCUCAAAUUAUAAAAGGUUUUAAUAUUAUAACUACAUAUAAUGAUUAAACAUAUAGAAAAGUAUAAAGCAAAAAA